AUGAGCCACACAACAGUCAUUCUUGACAAUGGAGCUUACAACAUGAAGAUAGGGAAACUCGACUGUGAAGCUCCCAGCCUAAUCCCAAACAGCAUCGUAAAGGCAAAGCAUGAGAAGAAGCGGGUUUUCGUCGGACAUGAACAGAGUGACUGCUCCGAAAAGUUCUCUCUAUUCUACGUCAGACCCAUCGAAAGAGGAUAUGUAGUCAACUGGGAUACACAACAACAAAUUUGGGAAAACACGUUCAAACAUCUCGACAUUGAGCCAACAACAUCACGAAUCGCCUAUACAGACAACAACUACUUGAUUCCUGCUCUCCCAGACGUUUCCAAUGAGAUUUUUUUCGAGUAUUUCGGGUUCAACGAAGUAUACAAAGCGUCUGCUUCCACGUUGGUUGCAGAGCAUUCAAGCCAAAUAAACAAUAAAAAGUGUGCCGUUGUAGUAGAUGCGGGUUUUUCAAUGACGACAGUCGCUUCAUUUGUCGACGGAGUUCUCAUUCAAGACAGUGUUAUCAGAAUUGAUGUCGGAGGUAAAGCACUGACAAAUAAACUGAAAGAUUGGAUAUCAUAUCGACAACUGAAUGUGAGUGAAGAGACAUAUGUCAUCAACGAAUGCAAAGAAGAUAUUUGUUUUGUGACAUUGGAUUUCGAUAGAAGCAUGAAACAUGCGAAGAAGAGAUACGAGGAAAACACGAUCGAUAUGCGGUACGUCAUGCCCGAUUUCCAUACGACGUUCAAGGGAAUACUCAAAGAUCCGAAAGAACCAACAGACAAUACUCCUUCGAUAGUUCUUGGAGUCGAACGCUUCGCUACGCCGGAAAUUUUGUUCAAUCCUUCGGAUAUUGAUAUCGAUCAAUGUGGUGUAGCAGAAGCAGUCAUCGCAAGUAUGUCUCAAUGUCCUGAAGCGUUGAGGCCGUGUCUUGCUGAAAACAUCAUUCUUGUCGGUGGAUCAGCAUGCUUCCGAGGUUUUCGUGAACGCAUGAUACAAGAAGUUCGUUCAAUGUUGCCUUCUGAAUAUGGAAUCAAUGUGUCUGAGGACGUGGAGAAUCCAGAGACGCAUGCGUGGCAGUGCGGACAGCAACUUCUGCAGAAUGUUAAAGUGCCAUGGAUUAAUCGAAAGGAAUGGGAAGAAAAAGGAGAAUCAUUAGAGUAUUCAAAGUUUUUCAAAACACUUGUGUCAUCAGAUGAAUUGAAAGAAUCUCGCAAUUUCGAGGAACAAAGAGAAAAAUCUCCGAAAGAAGAAGACGAAGAUUUUUGA